GCUCCUGAAGCUGCAGUUGGAGGACCCGAGGCGCCCAGCGGUCACUUCUGUCAGCUUCCCUCCUCAUCAUGUCCAAGAGCAAGAGCUCCGAGUCCGUCAAGGUGGUGGUUCGGUGCCGUCCCAUGAAUGAGAAGGAGCAGGCCGCGGGCUUCGGGCGCGUGGUCUCCGUUGACGUCAAAUUAGGCCAAAUCAUCGUGAAGAAUCCUCGGGAAGCCGGCGAACUCCCCAAAGUCUUCACGUUUGAUUCGGUGUACGACUGUAACUCCAAACAGCUCGAUCUGUACGAUGAAACCUUCAGGCCCCUGGUGGACUCGGUUCUCCUCGGCUUCAACGGGACCAUCUUUGCGUACGGCCAGACGGGGACGGGAAAGACCUACACUAUGGAGGGUGUAAAAAAGGACCUGGAGAAGAGGGGGGUGAUCCCAAACUCCUUUGAGCACAUCUUCACGCACAUUUCACGCUCCCAGAACCAGCAGUACCUCGUCAGGGCAUCUUACCUUGAAAUCUACCAGGAGGAGAUCCGAGACCUGCUCUCCCAGGACCAGUCGCGCCGCCUGGAGCUCAGGGAGAGGCCCGACACCGGCGUGUACGUCAAAGACCUCUCGUCGUUCGUCACCAAGAGUGUUCGGGAGAUCGAGCACGUCAUGAACGUGGGCAACCAGAACCGCUCGGUGGGCUCCACGAACAUGAACGAGCACAGCUCGCGCUCCCACGCCAUCUUCGUCAUCACGGUGGAGUGCAGCGAACUGGGGGUGGACGGAGAGAACCACAUCAGAGUCGGAAAGCUCAACCUGGUCGAUUUGGCGGGAAGCGAACGUCAGACUAAGACCGGUGCUCAGGGAGAGCGACUUAAAGAAGCCACGAAGAUCAACCUGUCUCUUUCUGCACUGGGGAACGUCAUAUCGGCCCUGGUGGACGGCAGGAGCAGCCACAUCCCGUAUCGAGACUCGAAGCUAACCCGUCUGCUGCAGGACUCCCUGGGGGGCAACGCGCGCACCGUGAUGGUCGCCAACAUCGGCCCGGCGUCCUACAACCUCGAGGAGACCCUGACGACGCUGCGCUACGCCAACAGGGCCAAGAACAUCAAGAAUAAACCGCGCGUCAACGAGGACCCGAAGGACGCCCUGCUCCGGGAGUUUCAGGAGCAGAUCGCCAGGCUGAAGGAGCAGCUGGAGAAACGUGUUGGGAAGAAGAAGAAGAGGAGGCAAAGGAGGAGGGACGGGAGCAACGAGGAGGGUCCAGAGGACGGGGAGACGGAAGACGACGACGACGAAGUGGGAGGUGACUACUGGCGGGAGCAGCAGGAGAAGCUAGAGAGGGAGAAGAAGGCCAUCAUGGAGGAUCACAGUCUGGUGGCCGAUGAGAAAGCUCGGCUGCUGAAGGAGAAGGAGAGAAAAAUGGAGGACCUGAGUAGAGAGAAGGAGGCCGGAGAGAUGCUGGCAGCUAAAGUGAAGGCGAUGGAGAGUAAGCUCCUCGUUGGUGGGAAGAACAUCGUGGACCACACCAACGAGCAGCAGAGGAUCCUGGAGCAGAAGAGGCACGAAAUCGCCGAACAGAAACGGCGAGAGCGAGAGAUGCAGCAGCAGAUGGAGAGCCGCGACGAGGAGACCCUGGAGCUGAAGGAGACGUACAGUUCGCUUCAGCAGGAGGUCGACAUCAAAACCAAGAAGCUGAAAAAGCUGUUUUCUAAGCUGCAGGCAGUGAAAGCAGAAAUCCAGGACAUCCAGGAAGCGCACAUCAAGGAGCGCCAGGACUUGGAACAGACCCAGAACGAGCUCACCCGGGAACUUAAACUCAAGCACCUGAUCAUCGAAAACUUCAUCCCCUCAGAGGAGAAGAACAAAAUCCUCCACAGGGCUUUCUUUGACGAAGAGGAGGAGUGCUGGAAGCUGAAGGCCAUCACUCGACUCGAGGAUGACCAUCAAAUGAUGUCCAGGCCUCUUUCUGCCGUGGGUUACAGGAGGCCUCUCAGUCACCACGCUCACAUGGCCAUGAUGAUGAGGCCCGACAUGAGAUACAAAGCCGAGAACAUCCUGAUCCUGGACAUGGACCUGCCGGCUCGGACCACUAAAGAGUACCAGGAGCCAGUUAUCGCCCCGAAGGUGGCGGCGGCUCUGGAGGACGCUCUUAGAGACGAGGACGAGAUCCAGGUAGACGCCUCCGGGUUUCACAGCAGCUUGGGACUAUCUCUGCCUGCCAGCGCCGGCAGCAGCCUCAAGAAACCAAAGUCUGGUCGGCCGAGAACUGGCAAGAAGUCGAGCACCCCGACGUCUCCGUUCAGCCCCUCCAGUCCGGCGUCCCCUCUUUACCCACAGUCCCGCGGCCUGGUGCCCAAGUGA